AUGGCGCUUCCCGCCCUUUCUUCAACUACCCAACUCACACUCCGUCAGCAGCCGCUGCCGCCACCGGACAUCAAACCGCCGCACCAAUUCCGAACUCGAAAUCCUUCAAAAUCGAACCUUUCCAUCAAACAAAUCUCCUAUCAGCACCCCACAGUUUCAUGGACCUCUUCCAUCUCCCGCCUCUGCCGUGCCGGCCAACUCGCCCAAGCCGCCGCGCGCUCUUCACCCAAAUGCGCCGCCCCGCCGUCGAACCCAAUCACGUCAUUUUCACAAUCCUCCUCUCCACCUGCGCCGAUUUUCCGGCGGAAGGCAGGCAGGUCCUUCGGUCCCAUGAUCCACUCCUGCGUGCGAAAAUUGGGGCUGGAUCGGCACCACUUGAUGGUCGGAACGGCGCUGGUCAAAAUGUACGGCAAAUGCGGCGAGGUGUAG